AUGUUAUUAAAAAUUAUUGAUAAUUCAUUAAUAAUAUCAUCAUCAGAUAAUAUUCUUAUUGAACUUGUUGCAGAAUUAUAUGAACAUCCUAAACAAUCCUCAACAUUACCAUAUGAACCUUUACUUUUAUUGCGUUCAUUACCAUUAUUAUUUGCACAUAUUGCUUUUUUGAAUCGUUUAACGAAUAAAAUGAUUUUAGAAUUUGUUGGAUGA